GAGUGAUUAGCCAACAGCCCAGUGAGCAGGACCGGAGUCGGCUCCUGGCAGGAAGCGGUGCAUCUAGCCUCCAGGGGCGCGACGUACAACCAGACGGGUGGCUCUCCUCGCAGCUCGCGGAGUUCAACCGGGUGCCAGUGCUAUGGCAGAACAGGAUGUGGAAAAUGAGCUUUUGGAUUAUGAUGAAGAUGAAGAGCCCCAGGCACCCCAGGAGAGCACUCCAGCUCCCCCGAAGAAAGAUGUCAAAGGGUCUUAUGUCUCCAUCCACAGUUCUGGCUUCCGGGACUUCCUGCUAAAGCCGGAGCUCCUGAGAGCUAUAGUUGACUGUGGCUUCGAGCAUCCCUCAGAAGUCCAGCAUGAGUGUAUUCCCCAGGCCAUUCUGGGUAUGGAUGUCCUGUGCCAGGCCAAGUCUGGGAUGGGCAAGACAGCUGUGUUUGUGCUGGCCACCCUGCAGCAGAUAGAGCCCGUCAAUGGCCAGGUAUCAGUACUGGUCAUGUGCCACACGAGGGAGCUGGCCUUCCAGAUCAGCAAGGAGUAUGAGCGCUUCUCUAAGUACAUGCCCAGUGUCAAGGUAUCUGUGUUCUUUGGAGGCCUCUCCAUUAAGAAGGAUGAAGACGUGUUGAAGAAGAACUGUCCCCAUGUUGUGGUGGGGACACCAGGCCGGAUCCUGGCGCUUGUACGGAGCAGGAGCCUCAACCUGAGGAAUGUGAAGCACUUUGUGCUAGAUGAAUGUGACAAGAUGCUGGAACAGCUGGACAUGCGCCGUGACGUGCAGGAGAUCUUUCGCCUUACACCUCAUGAGAAGCAGUGCAUGAUGUUCAGUGCCACCCUGAGCAAGGAGAUCCGGCCAGUCUGCAGGAAGUUCAUGCAGGAUCCCAUGGAGGUGUUUGUGGACGACGAGACCAAGCUCACAUUGCACGGGCUGCAGCAGUAUUACGUCAAACUCAAGGACAGCGAGAAGAACCGUAAACUGUUCGACCUCCUCGACGUGCUAGAGUUUAACCAGGUGGUGAUCUUUGUCAAGUCUGUGCAGCGCUGCAUGGCCCUGGCCCAGCUUCUGGUGGAGCAGAACUUCCCAGCCAUCGCUAUCCACCGCGGCAUGGCCCAGGAGGAGCGCCUGUCCCGCUACCAGCAGUUCAAGGACUUCCAACGUCGUAUCCUGGUGGCCACCAAUCUGUUUGGCAGAGGUAUGGACAUUGAGCGAGUCAACAUUGUCUUCAACUACGACAUGCCAGAGGACUCGGAUACCUACCUUCACAGAGUGGCUCGUGCUGGUCGCUUUGGUACCAAAGGCCUGGCAGUCACUUUUGUAUCGGAUGAGAAUGAUGCCAAAAUCCUUAACGAUGUUCAGGACCGGUUUGAAGUGAAUGUGGCGGAGCUUCCAGAAGAAAUAGACAUCUCCACAUACAUUGAGCAGAGCCGGUAACCACGUGUAGCCAAGGCACCCGACUACCCUCUUUCCCACCUGCUACUUCAGAUCCUCUUCAUAGAUGACAAAUAGGUGUCUCUUUUUAUUGUUCCAAAGCUGUGUAAGAAUAAAUUUUUAUUGUGGAUACC